UGAGCAACAACCCACAUGGUAGCCAUUUUCGGAAUCACCGCCGUGAAAAACGUCAAAUCCUACUUAGUGGUAUUUCAUUUUAGAUGUUGGCUACUACAAAAUUCCGUUUGGUAGCACUGCGUAGCCGAUAUUUGUAUUACAGUGUGCGUGUGUGUUGUGUAGCGUAGUACAGAAUGGAAGUAAUAAAAUUUGAAGACAUUAUUUCGCAUGCCGCAGCGUCUCGGAUUGAAAGGAUAGAGGAAGAAAGCAAAGAAGAAGACGAUAGUGAUAAUAGUAGUGACAAUUCUUCGGUAGAAUCGAUUAACAAGCAAAAAUCACACAUUCCACGUGGUCGACCAAAAUCGGGAAGAGUCUGGAAACAACGAAAAUCGAAAUUUUCAUCAAUUAUUAAAACACGAGGAAUAAGGAGGUCAAAGGAGAAGAAAGACCUGCUAAGAUUAGAGCUGAAACAAGUUAAGCAACAUUCACGAGCUUUAAUAGAAGAAAGAAAGAAGGAAAAGGAGGAGAAACAGUUUCGAAGGAAGGAAAAUCUAAAGCGACAGGAAGAAAAUAGGCUAAAAUCAGAAAUUGUUCAAGUGAUAACAAACACUUCAAAAAUUAAGAGAAUGAAGAAGAAACAACUGCGGCAAGUUGAGAAACGGGACACUACAACGUUCGUCAAGAAAUUUUGAGAAUAAUGGACUGAAUUAAUUUUAUAAAAACUGAUUCGUCAAAGGUAGUGUGUUGAAGGUGUGCAGAGUGCAAAAUAAUGUCUGUAAAUGAAACAAAUAUGUAACAGCUCUGAAGGCUGUCCUAUGCAUAAGAAGCAAAAUUCACAUAAUGUUUCCUUUCGCCA